AUGGGGUGGUGGAGAAAGAAGUUGGGGUGGUUUAGGGAGAAACUCUCUUAUAUGUUUUGUUUUUUAUGUACUGGAUUCGAGGCCGAAGCCAUCCUUUAUUUUGUUUUGUUAUGCUUUUUUUUUUUGAAGCAAAAUUGGGCCAAAUGGAGCUGCCAAUCUCCCUCCACGGGUGGAUCAUCCACGGCCACCACUAGAAAUUCUUCUUCCUCACGGGUCAGCCACCAAAAGCCGCCUUCAUCUCCAUCGAUACACCAUCAACCUCUCGUCAACCACACUCCCAACACGCCACCUUCGUGCCUGAACCGCCAUAAACCUUGUCAGACCUGCGAACAAACCCACCGCUGCGGAUAUCACCAUAUUCGUCUUCCUCGCAUCACCACCAAUCUCCUUCGAAUCUCCAUCAGACCAUUCGAAACCUGCAAGAAAAAACAUAAUCACAGAGUCAUUAGCAUAUACUAAAACCCUAACGAACCCUCUCCAGUGCACUCUUCUGCCAUGGCCCUUCUUCUCCGUCUCAAUCGUCGGAGGGCAACCAGCUCUCGCACCCUCUUCUUCUCUACUUCGAAUUCCGAUUCAAACUCCGACUCCAACUCUCCCUUCUCUUCCCUUUUCAUAGAUGUCAAGGAAAGUCUCAAACAACCCUCUUCACCUUCCUCAAACCCUCGCUCCCAACCACCCUUCGCAAACGAGAUCCUAAAAGACCUCAGCGAGUUCCGCGCCAAGACCGCUCCACCUCCGCCGGGCGACCCGUCGCAGCAGCAACAGCAAUUCUCGUUCCAGCAAAUCUACCAGCGCCAGACCGUGCAGGGGAAUCCCCCCAGAUCGGGAGAAUCGUCCUCCCCCAGCAUGGAAUCCAUUUUCGGGAGCCUGCGGAACUUGUCUGUUGCUCAAACCCCGGUGUCGCAGGGUCGUCCUAGGAUGAUCGGCGGCACGAACGCCUUGCCGCAGGCCAUUUUCGGGAAAGAGAUGAGGAAAGUGGGUACGUAGUCGACGGCGAUGUUUUCGGCGGGGUUCUUGAAGACUUACAGCGUGGAGGAUUUGGGGAAGAAAUUGAGGAUGCUGAGGCCGGAGGGAAAGGAAAAGGGUUGGUUUUCGGUGAGGGAGUUGAGUGAGAGAUUAAUGAAGAGCAAAAUCUUGCCGCGAAGAAAGCUUCAUGGACUUAGCAUAUUGAACCAUUUGAGUGGGACUCCAACCUUCUCUCUGGAACCUCCUAAACCCCAUCUUGUUGAAAAGUACUUUCAUCCGGAUAACAUGUCCUCCGCUGAGAAGAUGAAAACUGAGCUUGCCAAGGUUAGGGAUGAGUUUAAAAUGUCGGAGUCGGACUGCGGUUCUGCGCGUGUUCAAAUUGCACAACUCACAACUAAGAUUAAGCAUCUAUCAGCAGUUCUACACAAGAAUAGAGUUGUCCCUUCGUAUUCCAUUUUUUUUAAUAUACUCUUGUGUUUGUGACCAGUGACUAGAAGACUCUUCAUUAGAAAAUUUGUAGAAGUUGUUAUCUGUGGUUGUAUAUACAUUUAUAACGGACAUUGUUGCUUAACUUAUGGAGGACAUUUUAAUUGUGGCAUCUAUUUCUUGCAAAUCUAGUUUGAAAUUCAAGGAACUCCUCCAAUUUCUUUUGUUAGUGUUCUGUGUUCAUAGAAUGUAAGAUUUUUUUUUUUAAUUUUAAAAAAACUGAUUUAAAAUUUUAUUCCAACUAUAUGAUUAAUUGAAUGUUUUCUUUAUUAGGAAGGAGCAGAUUCUUGAAAAGUGUCAGUACUUUUAUUUUAUUACACUCUACUAUGCGAUGAGAGAGCCAUAUAAUCUUAUAGUACUGUUACAAGGGAAAACACACCAAUCAUUGAAGACGUUAGUUGGUUGUUCUGUUAUUUACUUAGAACUUUGAUUUGCAUUAUAAUUUUUUACUAACAAGUGAUUUAACUCUACUUUGUCUGGCCUGGAGCAUUAUAAUUUCAGUAGCAGAUGAUUUAAGACUGAGAUUAGCUAGGUUCCCUGCCAUUUUUUUUUUGAUAUUCAGUUGUUUAACAUGGGGGACAAUUUGAUUUCUAGAGCAUGUCAAAUAUACUGAACGUUGUUAUAACUUUUCUUAAUAAAAUCUUGGAUAUGGCCGUAGACAGGAUUUUGGAUUGGUGACUGUACUCUCAUUGUGUUUUUUGUUUCAUCUUGCUGUUCUUUAUGUCACUUGACCAGCCUAUGCUAUAUAUUAUGGAAGUUAUUAUUACCCUUUAUAACCAGUUCAUAUUUACUUUGUGAACGUAACUAAUCAGAUUUAUCCUAUGCAAUGUGACCCUGUCAUUUUAAUAAAAGGUCCAUUUAAUCCGAUGUAAAUUUAGAGUAGCAUAUAUAUUUACUCUUUUCUGACUCUAUUCAUUCCAUGGUGCUUUAGGAUGUCAUUCUCGUAAAGGAUUGGUAGCAAUGGUUCAGAUGAGAAAAAGAUUACUGAAAUA